AUGUUGCCUUCUGCGUGGCUGGUCUCGUUAUCCAUCGCUAUCACUGAAGGUGUUGUGGCAAUCACUCUGAACGCAGUUAUCAUCAUUAUAUGUGUGAAAAGCAUGAAGAAUGGGGUAAAGCUGAGACCAUCUGAUGUUAUCCACAUCAUCAUGGCAGCGGCUAACAUCACAUUGCGUGGCUUAUUACUUUCUCAGUCACUGGGAUCAUUGUUCCUAGCUAAUUAUGUCACGGACUCUUACUACAUGGUCCUCGUCCUUCUUCCAUUCCUGAUGUACUUCAUCUUCUGGCUGACAGCCUGGCUCUGUGCCUAUUACUGUGCCACCAUCACCAACUUCAGUCACCGCCUCUGUGUCUGGGUAAGACAAUGUCUCUCUGCUUUCCUGCCGCAUCUCCUCCUACUUUCAGGCGUUGGGUCGCUCGCCAUAAGUCUUCCAUCCAUUUGGACUGUCUUCUUGAAGGCUCAACUGCAAAACCCUGGGAACAGCACACUCAGCUCCGCAAUGGUUAAUGGGGUAGUGUUUACUAGUUUACCCUACACAGUCCUUGCCAACCUCCUGGGCUCAGGUUUGCCAUUUAUCUUCAUUAUCACCUCCCUUGUGGUGACGGUGUCCUCACUUUUAAGACACGUCUGCAAUAUGAAGGGGAAUGAUUCUGGAUUCACGCCCAACCUCCAGGCCCACAUACAUGCUGUAAGAACAAUGAUCCUCUUCUUGGUGCUCUCUGCAGUCUUCUACACAAGUGUGAUCAUUGUCAACGCAGGAGCGUCCAACUUUGAAGGUGCUAUGACUAUUACUGGCUGGUUUAUAAUCAUGUUAUUCCCAACAGCGGAAGCCAUCGUCAUAAUCCAGGGCAGCUCCAGGCUCAGGAAAGUGUUUCAGCUGAGCUUCUGUGUGAAGAACUAG